CGGUUCCUCUCGGAGUGCCUCACCUCCAGAUGAGCUGUAAGUGAGCUUCACUAGACCAGGCAGACGUCCCUUUCUCUUGUAAAGGUGACAGAAGAUCACAUCUGCCAAGGGGCCUACCUAAGCACCCGGAGGAAAAGGCCCCCACCAUCCCACUCCCUACCCAGCCCAGCCUCCUGCAGCCCUUGCCAUGUUCCAGGUCGUUCUGGGGGCUCCUCAGCGGUUGCUGAAGGAAGGGAGGCAGUCCCGGAAGCUGGUGCUGGCGGUAGUGUUUGUGGCUCUGCUCCUGGACAACAUGCUGCUCACCGUGGUGGUGCCCAUUGUGCCCACCUUCCUGUAUGCGAUGGAGUUCAAAGACAUCAACUCUCCUCUGCACCGGGGUCCUUCUGUAAGCUCCCAGCAAGCUCUCACCUCUCCUGCCUUCUCUACCAUGUUCACCUUCUUUGACAACACCACCGUGACUGUGGAAGAGCACCUACCCUUUCCUGGAGCAUGGAUAAAUGGUACUAUCCCUUCUCCACUCACCGAAGCUGGCUCAGGACCUAAAAACAACUGCUUGCAAGGGGUAGAGUUCUUGGAAGAAGAAAACGUCCGGAUUGGGAUUCUAUUUGCUUCAAAGGCUUUGAUGCAACUUCUGGUCAACCCAUUUGUAGGACCUCUUACUAACAGGAUUGGCUAUCACAUCCCCAUGUUUGUUGGCUUUAUGAUCAUGUUUCUCUCCACAUUAAUGUUUGCUUUCUCUGGCACCUAUGCCCUGCUGUUUGUGGCCCGAACUCUCCAAGGCAUUGGCUCUUCAUUUUCAUCUGUUGCAGGGCUUGGGAUGCUGGCCAGUGUCUAUACUGACAACUAUGAGAGAGGGAGAGCCAUGGGAAUUGCUUUGGGGGGCCUGGCUUUGGGACUUCUGGUGGGAGCACCUUUCGGAAGUGUGAUGUAUGAAUUUGUGGGCAAGUCCUCACCGUUCCUCAUCUUGGCCUUCCUGGCCCUUCUGGAUGGAGCUCUCCAGUUUUGCAUCCUGUGGCCUUCGAAAGUGUCUCCUGAGAGUGCCAUGGGGACUCCACUUCUGACGCUUCUCAAAGACCCUUAUAUCCUGGUAGCAGCAGGUUCCAUCUGCCUGGCCAACAUGGGAGUCGCCAUACUAGAGCCCACACUACCCAUCUGGAUGAUGCAGACCAUGUGUUCCCCUGAGUGGCAGCUAGGUCUGGCUUUCUUACCUGCCAGUGUGGCCUACCUCAUUGGCACGAACCUUUUUGGUGUGUUGGCCAACAAGCUGGGUCGGUGGCUGUGCUCCCUGGUUGGAAUGGUAGCCGUAGGCAUCAGCUUGCUCUGUGUACCUCUGGCUCACAAUAUUUUUGGUCUCAUUGGCCCCAAUGCAGGCCUUGGCUUUGCCAUAGGCAUGGUGGAUUCCUCUCUGAUGCCCAUCAUGGGAUACCUGGUGGACUUACGCCACACCUCUGUGUAUGGGAGUGUCUACGCCAUCGCCGAUGUGGCUUUUUGUGUGGGCUUUGCUAUUGGCCCAUCUACCGGGGGUGCUAUUGUACAGGUCAUCGGCUUCCCUUGGCUCAUGGUCAUCAUUGGUACCAUCAACAUCAUCUAUGCCCCUCUCUGCUGCUUCCUGCAGAACCCACCAGCUAAGGAGGAGAAGCUUGCAAUUCUGAACCAGGAAUGCCCCACGGAGACCCCGAUGUACACAGUGAAGAAGCCCACAAAGGAGUUUCCACUGGGAGAGAACAGCGAUGAUCCUGGCAGUGAGGAGUAGCUGCAGAGGGUGAUAUCUGGGCCUCAUUCCAGGGGACCCCAUGAGGCUUGAAUUUCCUCUUCUCCGGGUGACUCCCUUCCUCCCUUCUUAUUGAUAGCCUGCCUGUACUCACCUGUCAGUACAGCGCCCCCCCGCCCCCAGUGUGCUUGGACACCCCUUGUGGCCCACAGCCUGCUCGUACUCACCUGUCAGUACAGCCCCCCCUCUGCCAGUGUGCUCUGACACCACUUGUGGCCCACUCUUUGUGGGAGGACAGUGCGACUUCCUGCCAAAGCAAAGCCAAGCUGAUUAAAGCUGAGUUGUGACAAGUUCUGCAAGGGGUGACUCACUCUCUGCAGGCAGUAUUGAACAAUGUGCCUGUGAAACCAGGAGCACAAAUGGCAAGCCUUCCUUUCUUCUCUGAUUUUUUUUUAGCAUAUUACCAAUAUGUCUUAAAAUUUGACCUGUGUCCUGUGAUAUGUUUUCCCCUUAUUUUUUUCAGUUGAGUGUCCAUAUGUAGGGUCUUUUGCCUGUUUUCUGUGCUAAAACUACUUUACCUUCAU